AUGGAGAACAUAAAUAAUGUAGUUUCUGUGGCAACUGAUGAGAAUUUGGAAACAUUUUCUCUCGCCUGGCUCGAUGAAGAAGUCGAUUCAACAGAAGAGAAUAAACAAACUCAGCAACAGCUUCGACAAAUCAUCAAUCACCUCAAAACGUUUCAUGACAAACAGCAAUGUCAUGACUAUGUCACUUCACUUUCUUCACAAGAUCGACUUGUUCUCAUUGUCAGUGGUCGGUGUGGUCAAGAACUAGUUCCUCAAAUUCAUUCGCUUCGACAAGUCUCUGCAAUUUACGUUUAUUCCAAAGAUGAACAGGCAAACGAGCAAUGGACAAAGUGCUUUAUCAAGGUGCAAAAAGUGGCUACACAAGCCAAAGAUUUAAUUGAUCACAUCAAAACGAAUCAGAACAACCAAACAAAAGCAGACGAACCACUCUCAAUCAACAUCUUCAAUUCGAAUGGUGCGUCCGAUCAGUCCACAACUGAACUCAAUGGUAAUUUCCUUCACUCACUUCUUCUCAUCGAUGUUCUUCUUCGAUUGAAACCGAAUGACAAAGAUAAAGAUCAGUUCAUCACACUUUGCAAACAGCACUUCCAUGACAACCACAGUGAACUCGCUUUUGUAGAUGAAUUUAAGCGAGAAUAUUCAAGUGACAAGGCAGUGUGGUGGUAUAGUCGUCCGUCGUUUGUGUACAAAAUGCUGAACAAGGCACUGCGAGUACAAAACAUUGAGAUUCUGUUUUUAUUUCGUUUUGUGAUCAACGACAUUUAUCGGCAACUGAAGCAGCAUCAAUGUGCAUCACCAUCACCUGUUCGUGUUUAUCGAGGUCAGGUGAUGUCAAGUGAUGAAUUAGAAAUCUUACGACGAUCGAUUGGUGAACUUAUAUCGAUCAAUUCCUUUUUCUCAACUAGUCUUAAGCGAGAGAAAGCAUCGGCAUUUCUACCUAGGUCAACUGUGUCGGGUGAUUUACAUUGCGUGCUGUUUGAUAUUCAUGCUGAUCCAGCUGUAUUGGUGUCAAAACCAUUUGCUAAAAUUAAAGAAUUAAGUAUUUCUAGGUACGAAGAAGAAGUAUUGUUCAUGACCGGAUGCAUCUUUCGUCUCAAUAAGAUUUGGCCAGAUGACAACAAAAACAUGUGGGUGAUUGAAAUGCAACUAUGUGAUGACAAUGAACAUGAUUUGAAGACGCUGUUUGAUCAUAUGAAGGAAGAUCAUGCAGACGGUGAUGAUGAAACAGAUUUUCGCACUUUUGGUCGUAUACUGCGUAGAAUGGGAAAGUUUGAGUUAGCAGAGAAGAUGCUGCAGCGUCAUCUGAAUGAACUUCCACCGAAUGAUCCAUUGCUUCGACGUGUAUACUGGUCACUUGGUAUGGUCACUCGAGAUAAGGGUGAUUAUGAUGCUAGUCUGAAGUGGUUCGAGAAAUCAUUGGAGAUCUAUAUGAAAACUAAGUCAUCUGAUUAUGUCACCAUAGGAAAUUUGUAUAAUUGUAUUGGUGAGAGUCACAGGAGAAAGAAUGAUAAUGAAAAAGCAUUGGAAUAUUUCAAGAAAGCAAUCGCACUGUUUGAGGAAGCACACGCUGAGGAUCAUCCAGAUAUGGCUCAUAUCUACAACAACAUUGGUCUAAUCUAUGAGAAUCAGAAGAAGUAUUCGGAAGCUCUUGCUUACUAUGAGAAGUCAUUGGAUAUCCGAAAGAAACAUCUACCAGCUGAUCAUCCAGACAUAGCCAUGUCAUAUAAUAAUAUGGGAUGUAUAUAUGGUGCACUCGAACGAUAUGACCUUGCGAUGGAACAUUAUACUCGAGCACUCAAGAUUCGACUGAAAUCCUUACCAGCUGAUCAUCCAAAAAUAGGCACUUCAAAUUAUGAUAUUGGACGUAUGUAUUAUCGCCUCAGACAAUAUGACCUUGCGAUGAAGCAUCAUACUCUAGCACUCGAGAUUCGACUGAAAUCCCUACCAGCUGAUCAUCCAAAAAUAGGCACUUCAAAUUAUAAUAUUGGAUGUAUAUAUGAUGCCCUCGAACGAUAUGACCUUGCGAUGGAACAUUAUACUCGAGCACUCGAGAUUCGACUGAAAUCCCUACCUCGUGAACAUCUAGAUAUCGCCAAGAGCUACAGCAGCAUCGGUGUAAUACAUAAGAAGAAGGGUGAAUGGCGAGAAGCAUUGGCGAACUAUGAAACAGCUGCCAAAAUCUAUCGUAGUUCGUUACCACUUCUACAUCGAUACGUAAUGGCAAUCAACAACGACAUUGCACGUGUGGCAUCAAAACUAAAAUAUCAUAGUAUUGACGAUACGCUUAAAUUUUAG